GGUCGACAACAACAUUUUCGAUCACUCCCCUCUUAUUACUACCGUCAUCCUCGAAACCUGAAUCUUCGACGUCGGAAAAGGCGAGACUUCGCGAAGCAUUUAAAGCAGUUUCGAUUUUCGAAGCGAAUUCCAUCGCAGGCGGAAGACGAAAAGCCGUACACACAUACACAUAUACGCAUGUAAGCCGUUCUCGUCCUCGGACUUUCUCUCGCUACAAGAGGAAAAACCCGACCUUUGCGACGGCCCAAGUUUCGAAAAUCGGAGCAGAUGAACCGCGGCAGGAGAGCACGCGACGUGGGAUCGAGCUCCGCCCCGCCGGGAGGCCGAGCUUGGCGUCCGGUGGGUGGUCCUGCGCAUCGUCGCUCCUCUCCUGCAGACCCGGAACUUAAUUUGGGCAUGAACAGAAUCCAAAUUGAUGAAACUCACAGCAAGGAAACAGAGAAUGAUUCUCUUUCACCCAACAAAAAUAGUUACUUUCCGCCAAGUGAGCUUCAGCAACCUUCACAUUCCAAUAGUGGUAAAAGCGAGGAAACGAAAAGUAUUGCUGGCUUUGAAGAUUCGGUGCCUGCUGAGGAGUUCACAGGGGCUGGAAGAUUUGAUAUCUGUGUGCCCCAAGUUGGUACACCUGUAAUGCUGAAGCCGUCGUUGCUCGUAAAGAAUAGAGAAAAGCGUAAUGAAGAGAAACGGUCACUGGAAGAACAUAAUUGGAGGAUAUUGAGACCUGGAAUGGUUCUUCUUAAAAGCUAUCUCUCCGUAGGUGAUCAGGUUAAAAUUGUAAAGCUGUGCCGUGACCUUGGUCUUGGAGCUGGGGGUUUCUACCAACCUGGUUAUCGGGAUGGUGCAAAGUUGCAUCUGAAAAUGAUGUGCCUUGGUAAAAACUGGGACCCUGAGACAAGCAAGUAUGGAGAGCAUCGGCCAAUCGAUGGAGCCAAACCACCAAGGAUCCCGGAAGAAUUUUGUAACUUGGUUGCAAAAGCUCUCAAAGAUUCUCAUGCUCUUAUGGGUAAAAAUGUCAAGAAAAACGAUGUGCAGGAAAAAUUUCCACUGAUGACCCCAAACGUUUGCAUUGUGAACUUUUAUACUGCCAGUGGCCGACUUGGUCUCCAUCAGGAUCGGGAUGAGAGUGAAGAAAGUCUUCGCAAAGGAUUACCUGUGGUGUCUUUCUCCAUUGGAGACUCGGCAGAAUUUUUAUACGGAGAUCAAAGAGACAUUGUUAAAGCUGAAAAGGUUUUACUGGAAUCAGGAGACGUCUUGAUAUUUGGUGGAAAAUCUAGACAUAUUUUCAUGGGGUACCUUCGAUUGUCCAGGACUCUGCACCCAAGACUUUGUUGGAACAAUCAAGGCUUCGAAGUGGCCGUCUGAAUUUAACUUUUCGAGAGUACUGAUAUCAUAGUAUUAGGUGCAAGAAGCUGUUAAUUGGUUUCAUAUAUAAAAAUUUGGUUUGUAGUGGUUUUGUCGAUAUUAACCAUGAUUGGAAUCGGAAGACAGUUGCUAAGCUUCUCAUUUUAGAAAUAUCAGUUCUCUUUUCCCUGUCUGGUAUACAUAAGACAGAAUGUGGUGUAAGAACCAAGAGGAUGACUUUUAAGUUUCGAUCUUUCUAAUUGAGGCUAUAUUUUU